ACGAGAAAUCCACUUUCUAUUUCAUUCAUCAUCUGCUCGCCCCCAGCACGAAACGUAACGUGAACGCGCUCGAAAGCGCUGCUUUUCACAAAAUUCGGCCCUUUUUCGGCUGCAUUCGCCUCAGUUUGGUCGACAGAGGCUGGUACAUCACAGACGCCAGACUGUCUGGGUGUUGAUUAGACGAAAUUAAUUUAAAAUACUCCGAUGCCAGAAUGCCCAGCAAGAAGAAGAAAUACAAUUCGAGAUUUCCUCCAGGUCGAAUCAAGAAAAUUAUGCAAACAGACGACGAAGUUGGAAAAGUAGCCCAAGCAGUUCCUGUCAUCAUACCUAGAGCACUAGAGUUGUUCGUCGAGUCGUUGCUGACCAAGGCGGUGCAGAUCACAACUGCUAGAAAUGCCAAGACUUUAACCCCUUCACACAUGAAGCAUUGCAUUUUAUCGGAGAGUCGAUUUGAUUUUUUGAAAGAAUUUGUAAAGACGGUACCUGACUUAGUAGGGGAUACGGAUGACAUUCCAGGGUCAUCAACAGCAACACCAAGCUUAGAAGAAUUUGCAUCCCCUCCCAUGCUGACACUUCCUAAUGGUGUGCAUAUUGCUGUUGGCCCGAGUGACUCGGCCGCAGCAGCUGUGGCAAUCGCCCCUGCCGUGCGGCACUUGCCUGUGCCCCCGCCCCUGGAGCCCUUGCUGCAACCAACCCUACCCGCAGUGCCUCCCCUGAUCUACUUCCCUCAGCCGCCACCAGCCAAGAGCAAAGCACCGUUCCCGUCAACGUCGUCACCCUCUCACCUCGAAAUCGACGAGGACUACGAUGCUGUUUGAACAAAAAAUUAUUGAGACUUUGAUUGCCGCGAAGAUUUUCAAUUCAUCCAUGCCAAACCAGCGUAAUCCACCUCAAUUUAAUGCAUGAUUUGUUUUAUAAGCGGAUGGAAAGACAGAAUGAAUCAUUUGACUUUCGGGUUUGUCUCGUCCGAACAUUUCAUCACAAUAUCAAAAGCGUUUUGAUUAAGUUCUUCACUUCACCAAAAUUGAUAAGUGUCUUAAACAGUGUGUGUGAAAGAUGUACUCUGGAAAUGUGCAGUUUGAACCAGUAAUAAAUUAUUUUGUAGAAUUUCAA